AUGGUUUGGAAGGAAACCUGCAAAUUUGGAAUUCAUACCGGUCGAACGCUAAGAAAACCUUGGGAGACAGUUUCUUCAGGCGAUCGUGGGUUUCUGACAAAAACCGUCGCCAACACAAACAUUAAUUUCACCGAUAAAGACAUCAAUAGAUAUCUGAGCAAGUUCCAUGUCCAGGACGGCUUAGAUGAUGAAGAAGUGGCGAAACAAAGCCGUAAUCAUCGACGCUGGGGUUUUGGACGAGGUUUUUCCGACGACUCGGUGUUGUAUGCCAUUGGUAAGCGAAAGAGGUGGCUCCUGCCAGGGAUUUUAACAAAGGAAAUCUCCGAGGAUUAUGACAGUGAAAAUGAUUACAAGGCAGUGCUUGUGGAAAGGCUGUCAGUAAAUUGUUCUUUGUUCGGUCCUUCUCCUCUACUGAGACGUGGUGAUUGCAAGGCUGUGGUGGAAGGUGAAGAGAUUCGGAAACCGAAACGACGAAAGUUCGCGCACGUCGGCGAUUUACGGAAAGAAACUAAUAAAACCGAAAUCGUUUACGAAGUGAAUCAUACCGAACCGUCGUUAAUCUGGCCAAGCUUCAUACAGCACAAUGGAAAAUGGAGAGAAAGUCGACCUGGAAAGGCACAGUGUAAAACAAAAGGAAAAAAGAACAAGAGGCGCACCUGGGGAGGGUACAAGAAAUUUGAGCUGAGGAGACAAGAAUGUGAAUAUCAGCAAAGGAAAACGUUUGAUUGCAAUGUUGAUAAAGACAUGAGAGAAAAAAAGUGGUCAGAGAGCCAUGAGCAGAGUUCAAAAAUUCAUGAACAUAAUCUAAACUUUGACAUUGAAAGUUACAUCACUAAGUCACCAACAGUUACAAGUAAUUGCCGCAAGAAUGUCAAGAAGUACAUGAGGAUUACUUCCAAUAAAAAUGAAAGGAUUUCAAAAGUGAACCCAGCUUCGUCACAUGCAGUCAAUCUGCAUGGGAAAGGAUCAGUGAUAUAUGUUGACCCACCAACCCCACAGCAUGGUUACCAUGACAACAGCAAUACAGCAGAUUUUGACUCUGACAGUGCUGGCUUGACAGCUCCCUUAAAAGUUGAAAGAAUUGUUCCCAGAAAGGCAGUUUCCACAAGUGUGGACAUUGACAGUGAAAAACUUGAACCUCAGAAAAUGCAUGAGCAGUUUGGAGAUACAUACCAGGAGGGUUCCUCUUUACCUCGGCGAUUCAGCAUUUGCCCCACAAAUCAACCCUCCAAGUUUGUCUUUACCUGCCAGCCUCACAAUGCUGAUGACAUAGGGUUUGCCACAGAAAACGUCACUGUGACAGUUGUAAGUGAUGAACUGCCCUCCAAACAAUCACAGGAUUGUGAAGAGUUUUUGUGCAAUUGUUUUGGCAUUUCUUUGCAAGCAAGUGUAACUGGAGAGAAAUCAAGAAGUUACGAGAUCAAUACUGCUGAUCACAACCCAGGUUCUAAAACUAGAGUAGNAACCCAGCUUCGUCACAUGCAGUCAAUCUGCAUGGGAAAGGAUCAGUGAUAUAUGUUGACCCACCAACCCCACAGCAUGGUUACCAUGACAACAGCAAUACAGCAGAUUUUGACUCUGACAGUGCUGGCUUGACAGCUCCCUUAAAAGUUGAAAGAAUUGUUCCCAGAAAGGCAGUUUCCACAAGUGUGGACAUUGACAGUGAAAAACUUGAACCUCAGAAAAUGCAUGAGCAGUUUGGAGAUACAUACCAGGAGGGUUCCUCUUUACCUCGGCGAUUCAGCAUUUGCCCCACAAAUCAACCCUCCAAGUUUGUCUUUACCUGCCAGCCUCACAAUGCUGAUGACAUAGGGUUUGCCACAGAAAACGUCACUGUGACAGUUGUAAGUGAUGAACUGCCCUCCAAACAAUCACAGGAUUGUGAAGAGUUUUUGUGCAAUUGUUUUGGCAUUUCUUUGCAAGCAAGUGUAACUGGAGAGAAAUCAAGAAGUUACGAGAUCAAUACUGCUGAUCACAACCCAGGUUCUAAAACUAGAGUAGCUUUGAUGUCAUUUGAUUUAUUGUGUGACAUCAACAAAUGGUCUUGCAAAGUUUCUUCACCCAGCUUAGCAGUUGCUAAUAAUCUCCUUGGUAACCAUGGCAACAUUCAAACAAGUGACCCUAUGACCAGUGAAGACAACAGCGCUAUCAUUCCUGAUGCUGUUCUGUGUGAAAUCUGUUGCUCGGAAUUUUAUCAUGACCCUUCUAAUGGUAAGUUUUUUUCUUCUUUUGAUCAUCUCUUUAAUGUUAUAACUGCAAGCAUCAGGACUGUAUAGAGGCAGGUGGGUGAUGGGUAGAAGAUUAGAUUAAACCUUCAGUUGUCAGAUACUGAUAUUUUUUCAUCGCUUUUUACAAUACACUGUACCUGUAGUUUUGAAAGUUCUUCUAUUCUAAAAGAUACCAUUGCUGUUGUAAAUAAAACCAGCCAGGGAACUUACAGUUCUUCAGAUUAACUAAAGUGACUUUUGUGAUACUUGUACAUCUCAGAGAUUAGGGGCAUUUCAAUAUAAUAAUUUUUUUAUAAAGGAGUUCUUUAUGAGAAACAGAUCAUCAGAAUUUCUCAGGUUAAAAUUCAUUGGGAGAACCUGUGUUUUUUUUUUUCAAGAUACAUACCGUAAUUACUGGUAUGGUUCUAGUGUUUCUCAUGUACACUGUACACUGUAUGGGCCUUUGCCAGAUUCCACUCUAGCAGGCAAUCACAACUUUACUGGAAGGAAUAUUAAAUGCAAGAACAGUCCAUUCAGCUCGGGCACUCUGUUACCGUCACACUUCUUACAGCAAUGUCUUCUGUUUAAUACUAUCUUAUGCUUCUUUUUUUGCCCUUAGAAACUGUACCUUUUGGCAUUUCUUGUACUGCCUUGAAGUCCUGUGCACACUGGUUUUGUAAUGAAUGUUGGAAGUCCUAUCUGUCUGCGGAAAUAAACCAAGGAAAAAUCACCAUCAAAUGCCCAAGCUCUGACUGUGACAGUUCAGUUGAUGACACCACCAUAAUGGCACUUCUACCUGAAAGAUUUCUGCAGUUUUCAACAAUGAGGCAAGAGAAAUAUGUGGAGACAAGUACCUCUUGGAAGUGGUGCCCAGGAGACAAAUGUAAGUUGGCUGUCAUGGCAACACAAGCCACUAAAACCCAAGAUGGAAUUGUUCCAAUGCCAGUAAGCUGCAGUUGUGGUCAAAACUGGUGUUUUGGAUGUCAGUCGGAGCCUCAUUGGCCAGCAUCAUGCGCAGAUGCAGCAAUUUUCCAUACUAAGACAGAAACCUAUGCAAAGUUGGUCAGAAAUAAUACUGGUGGAAUUACUUCAGUUAAUGUUAAAAAAUGCCCUCACUGUAGCUACCCCAUUGAAAAGAACCAUGGAUGCCCUCAUAUGUCUUGUAUCAUGUGCACAGGGGAGUUCUGUUGGACAUGCCUUGGGCACUGGGACAAACACGGAUGGGGUGGUGACUGCAGUAAGCAACUGAAGGAAGAAGAAGAGGUGGAGCUGAUAGACGAUGUGGGGUCGACGAGGUUUAAUUAUCACUCUCGAGUUGCCAUAGCUCAUCGAAUCAAAAGAGCUGCUCCUGUGUUGUACACAAAGUAUCGCAUGGUUAAGAAGCUGCAAGAAUCACUGGAGAGAGAACACCUCGAAAGCACAGUCAAGUCUGUUACAUCAGCUACCAGUUUGUUUCUGAGCUUGUACAGUGCUCAUGAUGUACCAAAGUACCUGAAAGCUUCAGCAGACUUGAAGUUUCAAGUUCACCUGGUCAUUGAGGGUGUGUCGAUCUUAAUGGCAGUUUCAAAAACGAAAAGUUAUCAUGGUAGCUUAAGACGGCGUAUCUCAACUCUGUUGUUCAUUGUGGAUAGACUAGAGGUCAUUGCAAAUGGCAGGCACUUUUGCACAGACAUGGAUAAGAUACGGUUUCAGCGACUGUUUGACGCUGGAAAACACUGCAUUGACUGUAUUAGAAAAUUGUGCAUCAAAAUAUAUAACAAAAGUAAAUUUCUCCAUGUGGUCUGCAAUAAUGACCGUUAAACGAUAAGCAUUAUUCUGCUAGCCAGAGGAACUAUAUUUUGUUAAUAAUAUUGCAGUAAUGGUUCUACUGCAUUGCAGUUAUCGUGAAAAAAGCUUAUAUACUUGGACU